AUGUUCUCCAGUGUUCUGUUCUUCGUGUUUCUCGUUUUCGGCAGCAUGGUUCCAUCGGAAGGAAAUAUGCGAGGUCGCUUCUUGUUCAAAAGGAGCAAGGCUGUCUUCACCGAGCCAACGGUUUCGGCAUCCGAAACCCGCACACAUCGUGUUGGAGCUAUGAGAGACGAGGUCUUCGGAGCGAGAUGCUGGGACAAAGAACCGUGUGACCAAUGCGUAUGCUGCGGCACAUGCAAUCCAGAUACAAAUGUGUGUCAUUCUCCACCCGGGUCUGUCGAAUACUGUGAUCGCAACAAAGGCCAUGGACGGAUUGUGGCGAAGAUACCGUACAGUCUCCCUGAUGAUUGGCCAGUAGAGAAGAGAUUCUCAACUAACUGCCUCAAUAUGAGUGAACAGCAACCAUCUACAUCUUCUGAAAAAGAAAAAAUAACUGAUGAAUCAAUAACCAACCAGGAACAGCUUAUUGAUCCCUUCAUCGACUUCGAAUGCCACAUAUGUCGAAUGAAAGAACGCAGCUUAUUCGGAGAGUUGAAGGUUGUAGAUGGAAGUUACGAUUCUCCUGUAUAUUUCAUCCGUGAUCCGUUCAAGCCGCCUUCUAAGGACCGAAUCAAGAAGCCAUGUCUGGACGAUUUUCUCGUUCUUGGUGCUCCCUGUUCUGCUUGUAAUCAACCCGUUUGCAUGUCCGACGCUUGCUCGUUGUUUUUUGGAACCAACUUCUGCGCUCCAUGUGUCAGCAGAGAACGUCGUCGGUUCCCACCACAACUUACUCGUGGUAUAAUCACAAAGUAUGAAGCGAAGCAAAGCUCAAAAUGA